AUGCGGUCUAUCCUCUUCAAAUUUAACCAGCCUCACCGCCUCAAGAUUGCUACCCGUCCACGCCGGAUUUGGCCUCUCGCUUCAGUCGCUUCAGUCAGAAUGUAUUCUCAGAGUCCCUCAUGGCUGGAAGUUUGUUGCAAUGACGUAAGACCGACCCCUACGCUCUUUGCGUGGAACCUGUCAAACCUUGCUUCUUACCAUGGUUCUGACCCUUCCACCUCGUCUGCUUCUGGUGAUUCCGACCAGCGCAUCUACGUCCUAGGAGUAGGUAACUUAGGCCGCCUCUUCGCAAGUUCACUGGCCCAAGCGCCAGACAGGCCUCCAAUCACAUUGGUUGUUCACAGAAAGGAGCUCUUGGAGCAAUGGAUCGAGAGUGACGGCAUUGAAAUCUUGCGUCAGGGCAAACUGGAGAAGAACAAAGACUUCGAUAUUGAAUGGUGGACAGAGAAUGAGCCAGAUUUCGGCCCAGUGCGAGAGGUUGCCGAUGGCGAAAAGCUCAAGAACCUCAUCGUCUUGACCAAGGCUUCAGCUGCCCUUCCGCAGGUUGAUCGAGUUCGAGGAUACUUGGACCGGAACAGCACUGUGUUAUUCGCUCAAAACGGAAUGUCAAAAUUGUGGCCUCCUCAUGGAUCCUUAUACGUUUCCCACCGCUAUCAUAGCAGCCAUGAGCCCAACUUUUUAGCUUGUGUUACAACACAUGGAGUGACAUCCCAGGGAACAUUCAAAAGUUUUCAUGCCUCCCAAGCUGAUGUUGUCGUCGGAGCAGUUCUCCCGAACUCCAUUUCGCUCGGGAAAACAGCUUACUUAGUCAAGCAGCUACUGGAGGCCCCCUACCUAGAGGCUAGGUCUGUGCCUAGGGGAGAACUAUGGAUUCUGCAAUUGGAAAAGCUCGUCGUUAACGCGGUAAUCAACCCUUUGACAGCUAUUCUGGGGUGCAAAAAUGGAGCUCUAUUCACUGAAUCAGAUGGAGUGCUCGCACGAGUCAUUGACCAACUUCUAAGCGAAGCAAGUCAAGUGCUCCAACUUCUAGUGGCCCACGAGAGCAGCGCAGAAAUCAUUGGACGGCAGGAAGGACGUUUACCAGGCGAACCAGAGACGAUCAUCGAUCUCUCCCCCAAGAGCCUGCAGGAAAGAUUCUCCCAUCCUCAGCUGAAGGACAUGAUCUAUCGAGUGGGUCACAAAGUUAGGGAGAACACAAGCUCCAUGCUGCAAGACGUGCGUGCCGGCAGAUCAACCGAGAUCAGGGACUUCAACGGCUGGCUAGUUGAGAUGGCAGCGUUCCUAGACCCGGGACUAGACGUUACGGGCCACGGCACCUUGGUCGAGCUGGUGGAGGCUGGCAGAACCCUAGAUGUGGAUCAACUCGGAAGUUGCUUCGACGGUUCCGGGACAGAUGCAGGAAAAUGA